AUGAUAAAAAGUGAGUCUUCCUGCGACGAAUCGUGGAUACCAUUGAGUAUAAAACGGGAAAAACAAAAAAGGAGAAGGAAGUCCCCAAAAAUCUGGAGCUGUGCCAAAUGCAACGCGAAAUUUGAUAAGAGCACCCAAUUUCGCGACCAUCGGAAGGUACACAAAAAGCCAGUGUAUGACGAUUCACAAUACAGCUACACGUACGAUCCUGUAAAGGAAACCUACAACUGCGUGACGUGCGACUUGGAAGUACCUUCCAAAAUCGAAAUCCAACAACAUGUUAAAAGCCAUAAAGAACAUUUUACCUGUGACAUUUGUAAUUUACAAUUCGACGAACCGUACAAGUACGCUAAACAUAGCAUCAUCCACUCGGACGACAAAACCUUCAAAUGCCCGAUGUGCGAAUCGUUUAAGACCAAAGCUCGGACUUCGUUACUCGCCCAUAUCAACACGUUCCACCUUCACAGAUAUUUCUACAGGUGCACCACGUGCGGCAAAGGUUUCAACGAUUGCGUCCAGUUCAAAGAACACAAGAACGUGCACGACGGGGUGAAACCUUUCAAGUGCGUCGUUUGCGAGAAAGAUUUUACAUUCUCAAAUUACUUAUUCGCCCAUCAAGUGAGAAAUCAUAAGGUUACGAUCGAUGGCGUCAUCGGAACGAAUCAAUGUCACAUGUGUUUACGAAGAUUCGCCAACAUACGGACUUUGCAGAAACACAUGAAGAAACACGAAAACGAAAAGAAGAAGAAGCCCGAGAAGAAACACUUGUGCGAUAUUUGCGGGAAAGGGUACGCAAGAAAAGCGAAGUUCGUAGUUCACUAUCGAAAUCAUACCGGUGAUAAACCUUUCAAGUGUUCUUAUUGCUCCAAACGGUUUACCCAGAAGGAAUACGUCGUGCUUCAUGAACGAGUCCACAGCGGGGAAAAACCUUACGCCUGUGAAUUUUGCGGGAAGUGCUUCAAUCAAGGGGCGCCGCUCAAAGUACAUAUACGAACGCAUACGGGAGAGCGCCCCUUUAACUGUGAAAUUUGCGAUGCUCGAAACGUAACGAUCAAGAAAGAAGAUUCGGAAAACGAAGAUUGGAAACCGCCUACAACUUCUAGGUUCAAAUCUUUGAAAUCGAAUUACAAGUCAAGAUGUAGCAACGAUUGGUCACUGGUUAAAAAGAAACAAACCAGAAUGAGAAGAAUAUGGAAAUGUACCAAGUGUCCCGAAGAGUUCGAUACAAACAGAAAGUUGCGCGUUCAUAGAAAAAUCCAUCAAAAAAACAAAUACGAAGAAACGAAGUACAGCUACAUUUUGGACACGGUAAAAGACAUUUACUGCUGCAUGACUUGUGACGUAGAGUGCACUACAAAAGAAGACAUUCAAAGACACGUGUUGACUCACGAGGAGCAUUACACGUGCGAGAUAUGCAACUUAACAUUUUCCGAACCUUACAAAUACGCAACACACAUGUUCGUUCAUAGUAAAGAUCAUUUCUUCAAGUGUCCGCUUUGCGACUCUUACAAAACCCCGAAGAGAACCUGCUUGUUGUCACACAUCAAUACUUUUCACUUGAAAAGGUUUAUUUACACUUGUUCCACCUGCGGCAAAGGUUUUAACGAUUGCGUCCAGUUCAAAGAGCACAACAACAUUCACCAAGGGAUUCGUCCGUUCCAGUGUAUAGUUUGUGGUAAAGAUUUCCCGUUUUCGGUCUACCUUCACACCCAUCAGGUGCGAAACCACAGGGUUUCGAUCGAUGGCGUCAUCGGUACGAAUCAGUGUUAUGUGUGCAUGCGCAGCUGUGCCAAUCCGCAGACCCUCAAGAGACACAUAAAGAAACACGCAAAAGAGGGCGAAAAGGGCGGUCGCGAAAAGAAGCACUUGUGUGACAUGUGCGGGAAGGGAUUCGCGGUCAAGUACAAGUUGAUUUUACAUUAUCGCACCCAUACGGGGGUGAAACCUUACAGCUGUUCGUACUGUGCGAAGAGCUUCACUAAACGUGACUAUUUAGUAAUGCACGAACGAAUUCACAGCGGGGAAAAACCGUAUUCUUGUGAGUAUUGCGGUAAAUGUUUCAACCAAACCGCCCCUCUCCGGGUGCACAUACGCAGUCAUACGGGAGAACGCCCCUUCGUUUGUCACAUAUGUAACAGUGGGUUUAUUUCGAAGGGCUCUCUUAAUAUUCACAUUAAGCGGUGCACCGGAAAUGAUUACACAGUAUAA